AAGAAGAAGAUAAUAAAUGGUGACGGAGCCCAGUAGCAGUUAGCAUCAUGGCGGCGGUGCGCAGCUUGCAAGUCUCGGUGAAAUCCGACAGCGGCUCGGAGCGCUCAGAGUCGGACUCUGACUCCGAGUCUGACAGAGAUGGUCGGGAGGCCGAACCGAUGGAGGUGGAGGAGGGAGAGCUGGAGCCGGAGGAUGUGUCGGUUAACCGCUCCCUGAAGGAGCUGCUACCGGACACCAGCCGAAGGUAUGAGAACAAAGCUGGAGCCUUCAUCACUGGGAUCGAUGUGAACUCGAAGGAAGCCAUUGAGAGGAAGGAGAAGCGGGCCAGACGCUUCCAUUUCCGCUGUGAGGAGACGGUGGCUCAGAGGAACGUCUUCCUGGAUAAAGAGGCGAUGAAGAAAGCCAUCCCCAGGCUGCGGAUGGAGGCGAUCCACGUGACGGGCGUGGACGACAUGAGCACCCAGGACGUCUUCGGCUACUUUAAGGAGUAUCCUCCAGCGCACAUCGAGUGGAUCAACGACACCGCCUGUAACGUGGUUUGGCUGGACGAUGACACGUGCAUCAGAGCUCUGAUCAACGCCAGCAGGAUGCCUGACCCUGAGGCUGUUGCCACGGAGACUGAGUCCAGAACACAUCCCGACGACCCGGGCAAAGCUCCUCAGGCCCAAGGAUCCGAAGACGAGGAUGAGGAGGAGAAGGGUGAGGUGGAUGAAGAGGAGGAGGAAGAGGUGAAGAAGAGUGUGGACAAUGAGGGGACGAAGGUGGAGGCUGGACAGGUGGAGGACCUGUCCCGCGCUGAGAGGGAGUCUCUGCUGAGGAACGAGCUCAGACCGGCCAUCAAACCGUUCAAAGGAAACAAGCUGUUCCUGCGCUUCGCCACUCAGGACGACAAGAAGGAGCUGGGAGCGGCUCGCCGCAGCAGAUACUACAUGAAGUAUGGGAACCCCAACUAUGGAGGCAUCAAGGGAAUCCUCAGCAACUCCUGGUUGUGGAACCCCUGCAGGGAUUCUGAUUGGCCCUUCGGCCUCCAACUGUUUCCUGUCUGUCUGAUCAGGAAGAGGCGCUACCACAACCGCCGCAUCCAGCGGGACGUCAUUAAGAGCAAGAAGCCUCUGAUUGGGGACAGCAUGGGACACACCCCGCCGUACACCCACCGACACUCCGCUGACCUGGUCAACCUGCCUGAGGAGCCCAUCAAAGAGGAGGAGGAGGAAGAUGAAGAGGACGACGACCAGGGUGACGAAGACAUGGACUCUGACGACAGGGUGGUGGAGUACAAGGAAAGAGGAGACGGAUCUCGCCCGCUGGGGGCGGGGAUUCGGAGUCGGGUGGAGCGUUCUCCUUCUCCGUGGUCAGAGUCUGACGAGAUGGACUAUGACCUGGAGCUGAAGAUGAUCUCCACACCGUCGCCCAAAAAGAGUAAGAAGAUGACGAUGUACGCAGACGAGAUCGAAGGUCACCUGAAGAACAUCCGGAACCGGAUUGGAGGGUCAGGAUCACAGAACCGGGUCAAGGCCUCUUCACCCCCUAAGGUGACCGACGUCCGGCAGCUUCUGGAGGAGAAGAGACAGGGGAGCUCUCAGCACAGACGGCGCUCCCCUGUGGCCAGCAGCGGGAGGACAGACGUCAGACAGCGGCUCGGAAAGAGACGCUUCUCCCCAGACAGACGGCGCUCUCCGUCCCCAGUCUCUCCUAGAGACACGCCCCCAGCCAGGGAGCCAAUCAGAGACGUGCACCGUCGGCUGGGCGUGGCCAGCCAGGACAGCAGAGGAACCUACACCAACGCCUCUAAAGACAGGAAGUCGAGCGCUGUGUGGAGCAGACUCGGUUCUGGCAGUAAAGAUGACGGCAGCACCGGCCAUCGCAGCCGCCGGGAGGGGGGGCGCUCAGACCGGCAGGAUGGCAGCAGCAGGAGGCGGGACGACGGAGAAGGAGAAGAGGAGGAGGAGCGGGAGGAGGAAGACGACUCAACGCUGCAGAAGGUGUGGGGCGCCAUGAUCAAACAGAAACAGGAGCGCCGGAGCCACAAGAUCAAGAAGAGCCGACUGGACAACCUUCCGUCGCUGCAGAUCGAGAUCAGCCGCGACAGCAGCGAGGAGUCGGACGCCUGAUCCCGUGAGGCGGCGUCGAACACCAUCAUUGAUCAUUCCUGUUACCGUUGAGGAGCUGAACUCUGAGGAGGAGCUUCCUCCCUGCAGGGAACGCCACGGUGCUUCCCAUCAGGACCAGGACAGAGCGACGGGUCGCAUCAGAACAGCAGAACUGAAGCCGACAGCCUCCUCCAAAAAUUUUUUUUCCAGUUUUGUUUUUUGUUUUCUUUCUGUAUGUAAAUGAUUGGCUUCAGUUACUCUGCUGGUUACCGGAACAUUGCUGGUAUCAGGAAACAGAAGGCUCUCCUGCUUUAACCACGUGGGUCCACGGCCGCCAUGUCCAGACAUUAACAUGAACUGAUGGUUCCUCUGUGCUGAUCCAGUUUAAACCGAUGGACCUCCUGAGCCCUGCAGCCGCCCAGCGCCGCUCACUGGGCUCAGCUGUUCCUAAACAAAACGUUUCAACCACAGAAUCGGUCAGAACUUUCACUCCACCUGGUUUCCUUUUGAUCCUUCAUUUCAUACCAGCAGAUCCGUUUUCAUUGGUUCCAGUUUUUCUUCCUCCUCCUGCCGCAGUCCAACCCAGCAGAGGAGAUCUGAGGGCUUAUUUACACCACCUCCAUUUACAAACCGCCGUGAUCCGUUAAAAAAUCAGACUGCGGUGUCGUCUGAGCCGUUCGUACGCAGGGAUUGGAGACAGCUGGGAACCGAAGUUACCUGCAUCCAGACGGCAUCAUUAUUCCUCAGACAUUUAAUAUAACUCAUAUGAAACUGUAGAUCAACUUCACUGAAUCUGAAACUGCAGCGUGUUUUAUAUGCUGGCACUACUGAGCCGACCCGUUACAGAAAUAAAAAUGUUUAAUAAAGCAGCUUAAACUGUAAGUCUGCACCAUAUU